GUUGGUCAAUAGACAGGGAGUUGGAAUUAGCAACUGUGAAGAGCUAGUACUGUGCUGCCAGUAGUAACAGGACACAAGCCCAGUCAAGUGGUUAAUAGGGACGGAAGCUCUGCUGAGACUGAAGGGAAGGGAGGUCUGGCUUGGACUAAGGGGGUCACCUCCCCCGCAUGGUAGCCAGUAAGGUUUUAAGGGGGAAGGUUGGGGAAGUGGAUAAUCAGGCUCAUUAAAUGCUCACUUAGAUUCCUUCACGCUCUGAUGGGAUAGACCUGAAUACCUUGCAUCAUGGGCAACACGGCCAUGUGGAAGGUGUGCGGCUCAGACAAGGGCCUGAGGACAGCCGGGAGUCAGUCUGACCUGGACCAGAAUCCUGCGUCAGACUACUACUGCGUGGAGCAUUUUCCUGUGCAGCCUCCACUGACGGUGUCGGACAGUAACACCAGUUUCCUGCGAGCAGCGAGGGCAGGGAACAUUGACAAGGUUUUGGAAUAUCUGAAAGGGGGAGUGGACAUCAGCACCAGCAAUCAGAAUGGUCUUAAUGCACUGCACCUGGCAGCCAAGGAGGGCCAUGUGGACCUGGUCCAGGAGCUGCUGGACAGAGGUGCAGCAGUGGAUUCAUCCACAAAGAAAGGAAACACAGCACUUCACAUAUCCUCUCUAGCUGGUCAGGCUGAAGUGGUGAAGAUCCUGUCCAAACGAGGAGCAGACAUCAACUCACAGUCCCAGAAUGGAUUCACUCCCUUGUACAUGGCUGCCCAGGAGAAUCACCUAGAUGUGGUGCGUUACCUUCUGGAGAAUGGAGGCAACCAGAGCACUGCUACAGAGGAUGGCUUUACUCCUCUGGCCAUCGCCCUGCAGCAGGGCCACAACCAAGUGGUUUCUAUCUUACUUGAGAACGAUACUAAAGGCAAGGUCCGCUUACCUGCCCUGCACAUUGCUGCCCGCAAGGACGACACCAAGUCAGCCGCCCUGCUCCUCCAGAACGACCACAACGCCGAUGUCCAGUCGAAGAUGAUGGUCAAUAGGACUACUGAGAAUGGCAAGAGUGGAUUUACCCCCCUUCAUAUCGCUGCCCACUACGGGAACGUCAAUGUGGCCACGCUCCUGCUGAACCGAGGGGCAGCAGUUGACUUUACUGCAAGGAACGGUAUUACUCCCCUACACGUGGCCUCCAAGCGUGGCAACACUAACAUGGUUCGUCUGUUAUUGGACCGUGGCUCUCAGAUUGAUGCUAAAACAAGGGAUGGUCUGACUCCCCUCCACUGUGCGGCUCGAAGUGGACAUGAUAUACCUGUCGAGCUGCUGCUGGAGAGAGGAGCACCCUUGCUGGCCAGGACAAAGAACGGACUGUCUCCUCUCCACAUGGCAGCACAAGGUGAUCACGUUGAAUGCGUCAAACAUCUUCUGCAGCACAAGGCGCCUGUUGAUGAUGUGACAUUGGACUACCUGACAGCGCUCCAUGUGGCAGCACACUGUGGUCAUUACAGAGUCACCAAACUACUGCUGGACAAGAGGGCCAACUCCAACGCCAGGGCACUGAAUGGCUUCACUCCACUGCACAUAGCCUGUAAGAAAAACCGUGUAAAGGUGAUGGAGCUGCUGGUCAAGUAUGGAGCAUCUAUCCAGGCCAUUACAGAGUCUGGUUUAACACCCAUCCACGUCGCAGCCUUCAUGGGUCACCUGAACAUUGUUCUGCUGCUGCUGCAAAACGGAGCCUCGCCAGACGUCAGCAACAUACGUGGAGAAACAGCGCUACACAUGGCAGCUAGGGCAGGACAGGUGGAGGUGGUUCGAUGUUUGCUGAGGAACGGAGCAAUAGUGGAUGCCAGAGCUCGGGAGGACCAAACUCCCCUCCAUAUUGCAUCCCGUCUGGGCAAAACAGAGAUUGUCCAACUGCUGCUGCAACACAUGGCCCAUCCUGAUGCUGCGACGACCAACGGCUACACCCCCCUCCAUAUCUCCGCUAGGGAGGGGCAGGUGGAGACGGCCUCUGUGCUGCUGGAGGCCGGGGCUUCUCACUCACUGGCCACCAAGAAAGGUUUUACUCCCCUGCACGUCGCCUCCAAGUACGGAAGCCUGGAUGUAACCAAACUUCUACUCGAGCGUCGCGCAGCACCUGAUUUUGCUGGGAAGAAUGGCCUCACCCCGCUCCAUGUGGCAGCACAUUACGAUAACCAGAAGGUUGCGCUCCUGCUUUUGGACAAAGGAGCCUCCCCCCACACCAUGGCCAAGAAUGGCUACACGCCUCUCCACAUCGCAGCGAAGAAGAACCAGAUGAAAAUUGCCACAGUUCUUCUGCAGUAUGGAGCCAAGACCCACGUCCUGACCAAGCAGGCCGUCACCCCGCUCCAUCUGGCCUCCCAGGAGGGCCACACAGACAUGGCUGCCCUGCUCAUGAGCAAAGGAGCCGAGGUCAACGUUCCCACCAAGAGCGGCCUGACUGCCCUCCAUCUGGCAGCCCAGGAAGACAAAGGGGCCGUUGCAGAGAUCCUCACUGGAAACGGAGCCAACCUCGACCAGCAGACCAAAUUGGGAUACACCCCGCUAAUUGUAGCAUGUCACUACGGUAAUGCCAAGAUGGUCAACUUCCUGCUUCAGAAUGGAGCCGGUGUCAAUGCCAAAACCAAGAAUGGAUACACCCCCCUUCACCAGGCAGCCCAGCAAGGCAACACACACAUCAUCAAUGUUCUGCUGCAAUACGGCGCCAAGCCCAACGCUAUAACUGUGAAUGGUAACACUGCUCUGGGUAUUGCUCGGAGGCUGGGCUACAUCUCUGUCGUGGACACACUGAGGGUCGUCACAGAGGAGAUCAUCACCACCACCACGACGGUGACAGAGAAACACAAGCUGAACGUGCCAGAGACCAUGACUGAAGUGCUGGAUGUCUCAGAUGAAGAGGCCUUGAAAACCAUUGAUGAUGAUGAUGUUAUGUCCGAUGACCCCACGGACAUGGAAGGUGAUGACACGAUGACAGGCGACGGAGGGGAGUACCUGAGGGCUGAGGACCUCAGGGAGCUGGGGGACGACUCCCUUCCGGGGCAGUACCUGGAUGGAAUGAACUACCUCAGCUUCAGCAUGGAGGGAGGACGCACUGACAGUCGAAUGCAAAGUUCAGACAGGUCCUUCACCCCCACCCACCAAAGCUACUACUCCCCUAAACACGAAGGCCUGAUGGAGGAAAUGCUCACCAGCCACCAGGUUUCAUCACUUGCAAGGGAGAAUGAGAGGGAUUCAUACAGAAUGAGCUGGGCAACAGAAAACCUGGACAAUGUGGCUUUAUCCUCCAGCCCUAUCCACUCUGGCAAUUCCUCUCCGUGCCAUGAUCAUGGAGACCACAGCAGCUUCCUGGUCAGCUUUAUGGUGGAUGCCAGGGGUGGAGCCAUGCGUGGUUGUCGACACAAUGGCCUGCGCAUCAUCAUCCCUCCCAGGAAGUGCAGCGCGCCCACACGGGUGACCUGUAGGCUGGUGAAGAGGCACCGUUUGGCUUCCAUGCCACCGAUGGUUGAGGGAGAAGGCCUGGCCAGCAGACUCAUCGAGGUCGGGCCCUCAGGAGCCCAAUUUCUCGGUAAACUUCACCUCCCCACUGCCCCUCCACCUCUUAAUGAGGGGGAGAGUUUGGUUAGCAGAAUCCUCCAGCUUGGCCCGCCGGGGACAAAAUUCAUUGGUCCUGUGAUCGUAGAGAUCCCCCACUUUGCAGCCCUGCGGGGGAAAGAGAGGGAAUUGGUGAUACUGAGGAGUGAGACAGGAGAAAGCUGGAAGGAGCAUCACUGCGAACACACCCAAGAGGAACUCAACCAGAUACUCAAUGGCAUGGAUGAGGAGUUGGACACACCGGAGGAGCUGGAGAGAAAGCGCAUUUGCCGUAUCAUCACCAGAGAUUUCCCACAGUACUUUGCAGUGGUGUCACGCAUCAAGCAGGACAGUAAUCUGAUUGGCCCUGAGGGAGGUAUACUGAGCAGCACAGUUGUGCCCCAAGUGCAGGCAGUUUUUCCCGAGGGGGCCCUCACCAAGAGGAUCAGGGUCGGACUUCAGGCACAGCCAGUGAAUAUAGAUGUAGUGAGGAAGGUCCUAGGGAACAAGGCCACCUUCAGCCCCAUUGUCACCCUGGAGCCACGCAGGAGGAAGUUCCAUAAGCCCAUCACCAUGACCAUACCUGUUCCCAAGAGCAACUCUGACCCAGUACAAAACAGUUUUGGAGGGGACACCCCCACCUUACGACUGCUCUGCAGUAUUACUGGUGGAACAACGCCAGCCCAAUGGGAGGAUAUAACGGGAACCACUCCAUUAACAUUUAUUAAUGACUGUGUCUCCUUUACCACCAAUGUGUCUGCUAGAUUCUGGCUCAUAGACUGUCGUCAAAUCCAGGAAUCUGUCAACUUCUCCACUCAGGUGUACCGCGAGAUCAUCUGUGUCCCUUACAUGGCCAAAUUCGUCAUCUUUGCCAAGACCCAUGACCCCAUUGAGGCCCGCCUGCGCUGCUUCUGCAUGACUGACGACAAGAUCGAUAAAACCCUGGAGCAGCAGGAGAACUUUACUGAAGUGGCCCGCAGCCGAGAUGUAGAGGUCCUGGAAGGAAAACCUAUCUAUGCAGACUGCUUUGGAAACCUUGUUCCCCUCACCAAAAGUGGCCAGCAUCACCUCUUCAGUUUCUUUGCCUUUAAGGAGAACAGAAUAGCACUCUUCAUCAAAAUCAGAGACAACACUCAGGAGCCAUGUGGACGUCUGUCCUUUAUGAAAGAACCUAGGAACUACAGGUCACUCACCCAGAACGCCAUAUGCAACCUCAACAUUACCCUCCCAUCAUACUGCAAGGAGUCCGAUUCAGACCAAGAGCAAGAGGAAGAGACCAGCAGAACACUAGAGAAAUAUGAAGAGACGGAGACAUCAGUCCUGAAAUCAGAGCUGAUUCGAGAACCAGACCUCCUCUCCGACGUGUCAGAGAUGAAACAAGAUUUGAUCAAAAUGACUGCCAUCUUGACUGCAGACUCCACAGAGAAAUCCCCUACCUUAGGAGGGUGUGGUCUAGAGAAAGGGACUGAGGACAUUUCUGGAGAACCAUUAGAAAUAAUGGAGAAGGACUUAGAGAAAGUCAAAGAGGACCUAGAGAAAGUCAGUGAGAUAUUGAGGAGUGGAACAUAUGAGAGCAAGGUGUCAGAAGAGGCAGCAAAAGCAGCUAGAAUAUUAGAGGAGUGGGUUCUCCUCUCAGACAGUGAGAUAGAACAAGCCAAAAAGAUGGCAACUUUAGAAAUUCAAGAGCCUGUCUUACGGGAAAGUAGAGCAAACAGAGGGGCUCCCAGACCUAAGGCCAUAAAGGACAGUGGUGAUCUUAAAGAAUACCUCCUGGAUGCACCGUUAAAAGCUAAAAAAGAGCCAGCCAUCCAAGAAAGAUUCACUGAUGUGGAACUACGUAAAAGUGCUAAAGCGACCACUCCAACCAAAGUACAUGACAAAACCAUUGCUGGUGAUUUAAAAAAGCCAGUCAGAAGGAAGGGGAAAGACCACGGGCAGGCAGAGCAAUCAACAGAAGCAGGUGCUCUUCUGAGUGUGUCAACAGCCCCCACUCCAGCAUCGCCUGUAUCCCCAGUAGUGGAAGAAACUCCAAUUGGGUCAAUAAAGGACAAAGUCAAAGCUUUACAACAAAAAGUUGAGGCAGAGCAAAAGAGCAAAAAGGUCACUGGAAGCACACCUUCACAAUUGCCUGUUAUGGGGAAACCAUCUCCCAAAGACAAAGAAAGCCCUAAAUCAAAAAAGGGCCCCCCUAAAUCCCCUAAAUCGGAAUUGGAAAAACUUGAGACCAUGUCAGUUAAAGAACUAAUGCAAGCAUUCCAAACGGGGCAGAACCCCUCAAAGAGAAAGUCUGGACUGUUUGAGCCCACUACAUCAAGAUCAGAGAAAACCACAAAAUCAGAAACCAUCCAGCCAAAAUCUAUCACCAAAGCAAUAACCUCACGUGUUUCUCAAGAGCUAUCUUUGGAUUCCAAAACUCUCAAGAAAGAGACCACUCAGCAAGAAAGAAAGAAAGAAACCAAGACAGUUGCUUCUGCCCAUUCAGAGCUGACUGAAACGGUAGACUUUGGAAAUGGUGGCCUUGAUGACAGCUCUGACAGCUUAAAACAUGAGGGUGCGGCAGAUUCACUAACUGCUAGUUCUGGAGAUGGAACUACUCAUCUGAGCUCCGAGGACAGCUACAAACAUGAGGGUUUAGCCACUCCAGGCACAAGUCCUGAAAGUCUGUGUCUUUCUCCCAAAACUGGACAGCGCACAAAUUCAUCACCAGCUAGCAAAGCAGUCCAAAAACAAAGUAAAGACACAGAGAAGUCUGGACACACUGGUGUAGGGGCCACUGGUGACCAACAAGCAACAGAAUUGACCCUCCCUGUUUCUACCAGCAAGGCUGCAGAUGACCACACUACAAGUGAGUCCAUAUCUGGUGGGAGGAGUGAGUCAAAGCCAUCGAAACCUCAAAAUCUAACAAAGAGAAUUUCAGAGACUGUAGAAACUUUUCUCAGUCAGGAUGAGAGUCCUAAUCAUCAGCUAGAUUUGCCUUUAAUUUGUUCUCCAACCUCUAGAUCCUUUUCUCAGCGCAAAGAAAGCUUAGAGCUGCCUUUAAAACAAGACUCAGAAGCUCUCAGUCCAUUAGCUGAUGACUCUUUGACAAUAAGCCACAGAGAUUCUUUAGAGGGUAGUCCUCUCAUGGAAGAAAAUUCCUCCCAUAAGUCCCCAGACUCCAUUGAACCUAGCCCAACCAGGGAAUCACCUCCUCAUGACUCUUUAGAAAGCAGCCCUGUCGAGCAAAAAAAUUACCCUUUUCUCCCAUUGACACUAUUUCCACCUGGUAACACCAAAUCUUCAGAAUUCCCUCACGAUGCUUUGCGUGGUAGGCUGCUUCGAGACCAUGAGGCUAGUGCUGAUGAUGACAGUUGUGAGCAGACAUCUCAGAUGACAAGUUCUGGUAAGAGUCCACUCUCCCCCGAUACUCCUAGUUCUGAAGAGGUAAGUUAUGAGGUAAACCCCAAACCCCCUGACCAUACAUUCCUCUCUGUUCCAUCCAAACCGGCUGUCAUCCCUGAAGACCCAGGAGAAGAGGAUACGUCAGACAGCUAUGAAGCUAAGAGAAAAAUCACUCCUGAGGAGGAAAUGUUUAAGAUGGCAGCCAAAAUAAAAACAUUUGAUGAAAUGGAACAAGAAGCGAAGAGCAACAAGAAGUCUAGAAAAGAUUUGUUUCCCUCAGCAAAUGCCACAAUAGGGGAUGGCAGCUAUGAAACAUUAGAGGCCACAAGUGAGAACCUUUCGCAAAGUGAAUGUGGGCUCCAUAGAUCCACAGAAGAUUCAAAGUUAGCUGUCUUUUUUGAUCCCCAUAAUAAAGUACAACCUCCCUCUCCUUUUUCAGCAGGUUUGCAUGACGGAUCCCACAGCAAAGAGGUCAAGAACACAACAACAGCCAGUAUCACUUCAGAGGGACCUAACUCUGUCUCAGACCAGCAUCCUUCAAAAUCUAAACUGGAAACCUCCCAAGAACAAAGACUCUCUCCAUCUUUGAAAUCUGACAAGGACAGUAGUGCCAAAAACACUACUGAAACAUCAAACACUGAAAACAGGACUGAUGAGCAAAAGGAGGAGUGCUUAAGGACAUCAAUGGAAAACAAAGGAGACAGCAAGAAUGGUCAAGAGUUAGGUGUUAGCAGGCUACUGACUGGUACGAUAAAACAAGCUAGCAAUAUAACAGAUGAAAUCAAAGGAGGGCAUACACUAGCACCAGAAGCUACACUUGGUGAAACUGUUGCUACAGAUCAAACAAAAGAAAUGUUCAAACCGGAGGUCUGUAUCUACGAUGACACAGAGGAAGAUGAUGAGGCAUUGGAACCUCCCAGAACUGAGUCAAAAGGUGUCACUGCAAACGUAGACACUGAUUCAUGGUCUGCUAUGCGGGAGGAUGAUGCCACUUUUGCAGCUCGUGUCAAAGAGGAGGAACAGAAGAUAUUGAAUCUAGUGGUGGACCGUCACUCUCUCCAAGCAACUCCAGACACAACUCCUGGUAGAACACCAACAGAAGAGAGCACUCCAAACAGUGAGCCCAACCCUUUUCUGUUCCAAGAGGGGAAGCUCUUUGAGAUGACCCGGAGUGGUGCUAUUGACAUGACUAAGAGAAACUAUGAGGAAGAGGGAGGUGGUUUUGCCUUUUUCCAGAUAAGUGAACAGCCUUUAGAGGAGCCUCACUUAGCUGAGGCCAGCCAAGAAGGUAGCAGAUCAGCAGCAGAACCUGUAGUUGGCCUCAAGCUAAUUCUAGAAGUGAAGCCUGAGGAAGGUGAAAAAUCUAAAGAAACACCUGAUUCUCAGCUUCAGUCCCCACCUGAUGGUGAUCAGACACCCUCUAAAGCUGAUGCUUCCAAAUCUAAAAUCCCUAAAAUGGGCAUUUUGGCUUCAGCCAAAUCUACAAAGAAAGAUCAGACAUCCCCUGAAACUGUAAAUACUAAAACAGACAAAAAUGAAAAUGAAGGAUCCUUUGAUUUAGACACAAGUUUCUCUGGCCAAAUGAUAACAAAUGUACAGACAGCAGAAACUACAGUAACUAGAUCUGUUUACUCUGAGCAGGGCCAAGAGUCCUCUGACUCCUCUCCAGAGGAACCACAGUCAGUGAUAGAAACCCCAAAACCAACAGGCAAGGCUAAACAAAGUGCUUCCACUAGCGUUAAAAAGACUCCAGUCAAAACACAAGCUAAGUCUGCUACUCAAGGUAGGGGUAAAUCCACAAUCCCCUCUCCAUCUAAUGUAACAUCCUCCUCAACCACUCUUAAAAAAGAGGCCUCCUUUACAUCUGAAUCUAAAUCUAAAAUUCCCAUCAAGGCUAGCACUAUAAAGCCUGAUUCUACUUUGAAACGUGUUGAAUCUAACCUGGACAAAAAGCUUAAAGUCCUAAAAAAGGAUACAAGAAGAAAAUCUGAGACGGACGCAGGUCCCUCUGUGGAUGUCAAAUCCAAGACACCUUCUUCCAAAGCCAAGAGCUUCUGUGAGGGGGAGUCUACCGGACCUACUGCUAAAAAAAAACAGGGUCGUGUUGAGCCAGGAAAACCUAAAGGCUUCCAAUCCAGAUUGCCAGUCCGGGGCAAAAGUGGUCAGUCAUCUCAUCCACCAGCACCCACUAAAGAGAAAAGUGAGCCACGGAAAAAGUCCAUUGAAUUCUUUGAGGAGAUAAGUGAUGAGGCCGCAAAACUUGUGGCAAGGUUGGCACAGGCUGAGACAGAGAAUGAACAAGAGGCUGCAGCCGCCAACUCAGAUGAUGAUAGCAGUCUCAUUGAUCCAUCAAGCAUAGAAAGAGAAACUUUCUCUGAGAUGCAGUUCCCUCCUUCAGGAGACGUCUUUCCUAUUAGACCACUGUGGGAUGACCCUGUUGAGAGACAGAUGCAGCGAAUUCCAGACGAUAAAGUCCAAAGUAAAGUAGACCCAAAGGAUGAAGCAGAGAGAAAAGAGCAACGGUUGGUCAUUAUGGCUGACCACUUGGGCUUCAGCUGGACUGAAUUGGCACGAGAACUAGACUUCAGUGAGGAGAGGAUCAACCUGAUAAGGAUUGAAAACCCCAACUCACUGCAAGACCAAAGCCAUGCCCUUUUGAAACUCUGGGCUGAGAGGGAGGGAAAGCACGCCACAGAAACGACAUUGAUCAAAAGACUGACAAAUAUCAACCGGAUGGACAUUGUUCAUCUCAUUGAAACCAAGAUCAUCAAGUCCACUCAGGAGGAGACAUCAUCACAUACCUAUGCAGAAAUUGAGCGGACAAUAGCACUGGACCAUAGUGAAGGUUUCUCUGCCCUUCAUGAAGACAUUGAAAGCCCUAGGCCAGGCAGGCGCACAAAGACUGCACCUAGGAGUCCAGGCUCAGGACAAGAGGUACCCAUGGUGUCAGCAGAGGACCUGUCCUGUUUGUCAUCACUUCAAGAGACGACAGGACGACUGGAGACAGACUCAACAGCAACAGGCCUUCAUAGAAAUGCCAAGAAAGAGAAAUUACAAAAAGAGACAACAUUCUCAUCACAAAGAACAUACAAGGAAAUGACAGACUCGGUACACACAGGCAGUUUUAAACAAGAGAUAGCAGAGCAACUAGGGAUGCUGUCCUCUGAUAGCUCAGAGGAGGAGGUGCUGACCACCAGGGUGGUCCGACGCAGAGUAAUCAUUCAGGCUGAUAACCUUCCGGAUAUCCCAUCACAGACUGUCACAGAGGAGAAGUACAUGGAUGAGCACGGGAACAUGGUAGUCAAGAAAAUCACACGGAAGGUCAUUCAUAAAUACGUAUCUGCAGAUGGCAUGGAGUCACAGGAGGUGAGCAUCGAGGGCUCUCACCAGGAGACGGUGCAUAUCGAGGAAGGAGACACUGUGUCCAGAGUGGUGAAGAGAACUGUGCUUCACAGUGAGGGAGAUCAGAAAGAGCUGACAUUCUUGAAGCCCCCGGCCCUGGGCACCGCCACAUCAUCAGAGUUUGAGAUGGAGCCGGUGCAGGGUCGAAAGGUCAGCAAGGUUGUCAAGACGACGGUGGUGAAAGGCAAGAGGAUGGAGAAGCAAACGGGAGACCCCUCACUGGCUGCAGACCUCCCGUCAGCCAGAGAGGACUUUGAGAAGGCUUUGAGUUAUGCCGGAGGCUUUGGGAAAGCAUUCCUGCCUCAUGUAGUAGAGAAAGAGCUUGUGCAGGACGACGGCUGUGUGGUUAGAAGAAGCCACAUGCGUAAGUCGCGAACCCAGAAGAGGACUGUGGUGAGGGAUGACCAGGGGAAGCAUGUGCACCUGGAGCGUCUGGACGACACCCCAGACGCUCGGCACCCUGACGCCCUGCAGCAGUACCUACACCGACUGCUCCAAGACUACUGUGAGGACAACCAGGAGGAGGAGGAGGAGGAGAGCUUAGACUGAGCAGCGGCUUCCACUGAUCCUCUCCCUGCAUCUCCCACUGAAGCCUUUGGCGACGAAUGCUUCCUCAGAUCAAAAUGUUCCACAUCCCCCCCCCCCUGUUGUCUUCGCUGAGACCACUGGACUUUUUCUCCUCUUUUUGUCGAAUUAUGGAAAAGUAUUUUGUGCUUUUACGCUCUUCCCUCCGUCACAUUGUGGUUCAUUUGCUCUUUUUGUAACCAAAGAUAGCGCCCAUUUUUUUGUCGGAAUUCUUUUUACAUUUCGGCUGCUGUGGCAUGGUUGAGGUACGAAGCACAAAAGGGGGGGCUUCUGGGACAUUUCGCUUCACGCAUGGGCCUCUUGAUGAAGAACCCUUGUAAAACCUUUGUAAAUAGAGGAGGUGAAAAGAUCUUGCUUGGACUGGAAAAAAAGUGAAAGUGUGUUUCAUUGUGGACUCUUUUUACACAGCCAAACAUCAACCCGCUGAUCUGUUUACAAUGGCUGUGAGCACACUUUUUUCUUCCCAUGAUGCAUCUGUCCUUUUUUUUUUGCUUCAUGUGUCCAUCCCACGUGUGUCAUGCAUUCACAGUUUGUCAGCCACAGAGCUGCCACCUCUGUGUGUGUGUGUGUGUGUGUGUGUAUAUAUUUAUACAGCGUAUCUAUUGAAAAGAAAAGUACUAUCGAGAAAUGUUUUGAUGCAGAUCAAGCACUUAACCCCGCUGUCCUCGUACACGUAGUAGCUUCUGUCGUUUGUGUUUCACCCUGUGCUGCUUCUCUCUUCACCUCAAACUGCAGCGGUGCUCAUGUUACUGUCCUCCACGAAGCCUUGUAAAGGAGAAGUCUGGCUAAGUUUUUCUUAUUGUCAACAAAUCCCAUUAAGCAACAAUGAAUGUUUCCUGAUAACAAGUCCUGUGUGUUUCAAAGCCUGAUUUUUCUUUUCCCUCUGUUGUAUAAAGCUAUUAAAAACACAUGUUGCACAUGAACAUAUUGGGGCAAUUAACAGAACAUUAUGUACAAUGUUCCAAAGAUUUGAUUCAUUAGCAGUUUUAUGUAUAUAUAUUCUAUAACUUCACUUUGUCUCUUUUCCAGAAGAUUAGAAACAUAAUUUUUUGGGACUUGAGUAAUUUUUUGGGGGGGGGGUUUCAUUUAUGUCUGUUGUUUUUCAGCAAUUAUAAAGUUUUAUUUGUCUUUAAGUGUAAUUUCUAUUCAGUUACAUCUGAUCACUGUGUUGAGCAGAAAAUAUAAAAUGUAUAACACCCCAACAAAUGCACUAUUUCCCCCUGUUUGUGUAAUGUUCUUUAACAACUACAGCAUAAAAAACAUUACACAUGUGGGAUGUUUUAUAAGUCUUCAGUAGAAAGCUCUGGGCCUGGAGCUGAGAGUCCCAGUCAGGUUGGGGUCAGACAGACUGAACAUUGUUGCAUGUGGUCUUUUCAUGAGAUUUGUUGACACUAAUAAAAAACGACUAACACCAGACUUGUCUUCUAAGAUUUAAGUCAUCACACAUAACAGGUAGAUGCUUUGCUUUAACUUCUGUUGAUUUUACUUUUUCUUGUUAUCACUACUCUCAAAAGAAUUGACAUAUCAACCUAAAAACCGAGCAAAGCCCGACUUCCACUGACUGCAGUUAUCACUUCUGUAAUUCCUUAUUUAUUUACUAUUGUCCAUUAAUGAUCCAUGUACAGUAUACUCUAGCAGUUGAAGUUGAGAGUGGUGUUUGUUUGGGUGUGUGUUUGAAUGUAUUCUAAAGCUAACAGUAAAGACAAAUGACCAUCAUAGACAAAGAGUUUUACUGAUUUGAAAGUUGGUUGAAAAGCAUUCAGACUGAUAAAGUAUGUUUGGUGUUGCUCUACAGUUGCGACUUUGUCUAUGUAACAAUACGAUCCUCAUGUUGCCAUGUAAUUUGAAUGUGAUCCAUUGGAAGACAACAAAAAAAAAAGAUUAAUUCAAAUCAAACCAAUUGAUUUGAUAAAUGAGCACCUUCAUGGUGAUGACAAUAUAUACUUAUUAACAGCGCGGGGCAUGUAUGACUUUAUCAAAUUAUUACUAGAAAAAGGGACCUGAAACGCUAACAAGGCAUAGCAGCUGCAGUGUGUACAUGGCAGCACAAUAAAAUUGUAUGUGUCAAA